AUGUCUUUUUAUUCCAUUUAUCAAUCCUAUUAUUGUGCUAUGUUUGAAAUAGAUACACCUACUUUUACUUCUACCAAUUUGAAAGAGAUGUUGGCAAAAUAUGACAUUGACUCCAAUAGUACAAAACUAUUCCUGCAGACCCAUGAAAUUCAAGACAUCAACAAGCAUUUUAAAUAUUGUAUGAAUGAUAUUUUAUUCUGA